AGAUUGGUGUGUAGUUCCUGAUGAAUCCAGCUGGGGGCACUGUUGUUGCCAAACAAACGUAAAAGGGGAUGUGGCAGUCACAUGAUUAGGUCAACUUCCUGUUUACUGUGAGCACAUUCAGCUGUUGGUUCUGGUUCCGGUCUGUGUUCGGUUGUGCUCUUUGGGGUCCGUAUCGUUAAGAUCUCCGUCCGUGGCUUAGGCCGUCUCCCUUGCAGAGCUAUGAGGACGUGACACCUAGGGGAAGCCCAACAGGCCAGGACGAAUCCCGGAGAUUUCCUGAAUCCAACCGAUCGGGGCUGAGCUGGCAGGUUCGGGUACGCGGCGGCGGAGCGUUGGAACGGACAGUUAGACUAGAGAAAAGGAAAAACAACAGACAGACACCCGCGUCCCCGCCUGAGCGGCUGUGUUCGCGGCCGCUGCCGCCGGCUUCUCUGUCCGGGAGUGGCGUGGAGAAGUUCGCCCUGAAUUCACGGGACCUGUCCGGCUCUGGCCCCCUCAAGCGGGCGGUUAGGAAGAAGCUGGCUGGGAAGGGAUGGCCAGGCCGGUCUUCUCAUCCCAAAGGACAAGGCUCUGCUGUAUUUGAAGGGGGUCGAGUGCGGUUGGAGGCCGCCGCCGCGGGCCGCCGCGCCAUGCUGGCCGCCUCUCCCUCCGCGGCCUCCGGGCUGUCGCUCCGGAGAAGCGAGGAGAUCGCGGAUCUGAUUGACCUGUUUUCCAAGACGCAGUACCGCGCCAAGGAGGUCACCCCGCGGGUGGAAGCCAUAGAGACGCGCUGUCUGGAGCUGUUUGCCAGAGAUUACAAAUACAGCAUCAUCCAGAACUCCAGCGGGGACGUGUGCGGCCACUACCCCCGCCAGAUCGUCUUCCUGGAGUACGAAAGCACGGACGGGGACCGAGACCGAGACAGGUAUGAAAGCACGGUGCAGAUCAGUAAACUGCAGGACCUGGUGAACCGCAGCAAACUGGCGCGCUGCAGGGGGAGGUUCGUCUGUCCCGUCAUCCUCUACAACGGCAAGCACAUUUGUCGCUCGGCCACCUUGGCGGGAUGGGGGGAGCUGUACGGACGCACAGGCUACAACUACAUCUUCUCAGGAGGGAGUGACGACACCUGGGCAGAUUCAGAGGAGUUUCCAGAGGACAGUGAAGUCAGGAAUGGGGACUCGCAGCUCUUUGACAAGGUUCGAGGUCACGACAUCAAGCUGCUUCGUUACCUGUCGGUGCGCUACAUCUGUGACCUGAUGGUGGAGAACAAGAAGGUCAAGUUUGGACUGAACGUGACGUCCUCAGAGAAGGUGGACAAGGCCCAGCGAUACGCAGACUUCACGCUGCUCUCUGUGCCGUACCCAGGCUGCGAGUUUUUUAAGGACUACAAGGACCGGGAUUACACCGCCGAGGGUCUGGUGUUCAACUGGAACCAGGACCAUGUGGACGCCCCCCUCACCAUCCCCCCCUGCUUCAGUCAGAACCUGAACAUCGACUGGACCCAGUACCAGUCGUGGGACCUGGUGGAACAGACCCAGAACUACCUAAAGCUGCUGCUGCACAUCAUCAACAGUGAUGACAACAGCGGCCUCCUGGUUCACUGCAUCUCUGGCUGGGACCGCACGCCUCUGUUCGUGUCACUCCUCAGACUCUCCCUGUGGGCUGAUGGAGCCGUGCACGCCAGCCUGGAACCCGCGGAGAUCCUGUAUCUGACCAUUGCGUACGACUGGUUCCUGUUCGGUCACCUGCUGCCAGAUCGACUCUCCAAAGGAGAAGAGAUCUUUUUUUUUUGCUUUAAUUUUUUGAAGCACAUCGUGUCAGAGAAGUUCUCUGCAGUCAGGAAACAGAGGAGGAAAAACUCUCAGUUCAGAGACGGUGAAUUCACCGUGGAGGAUCUCUGUCAGCUCAGGUCGAGGGACCGUGGCAGCGUGACGAGCCUGAGCAGCGACUUCUCCCUCAUCACUGAAGAGAUGGGCGGAGCUUCUGCCCCAACUGCUGACACUCUGGAUCCCUUUUCCAGCCAACCUCAGACCUCCAACUGGAGGAAAAUAGCUGCCUCCUCCCCUCAGAUGGUGGUUUGGUGUAAACAGAACCCUGCUGAGGAGCACUUGUCCCAGCUCGUCAACGAGGGUCGGUCCUCAAGCUCCUCCUCCUCCAACCAAUCGGAACAAGGCGCGGCAUGGACCGGUAGCAGCCCGCUGGCCGUUCCCAGCAGAAGGUUGGCAGCAGACUGCGCUCGCUCUGGCUCCUCCCUCUCCACAGACUACGGCAGCUGGCAGAUCGUCUCCGGCUGCGGCAGCAUCCACGACCACGCCCACUUUCCUCAGCCGGUAUCCUCCAACUCCACCUCUGCCGGUGCCACCUUUGACCCCCCUCUGCCCUUCAGCUUUCAGGACGAAGGGCCAAAUGGACGGAUGUGUCCGCUCCCCACUGAGCGUCAGGUGCGUCUGGAGGCGGUGCGGGAGCUUUUCCUGGCUGCAUACAGUUCCACAGUGGGUCUCAAGUCAUCCACCCCCAGCCCCUCCGGCGCCAUCUCCGGCCUGCUGGAACAGUUCGCCCGUGGGGUGGGUCUGCGUGGCACUAAUGCCAUCGUCUGAAGCCCCCCCCUCUCCCCAACCCAGCUGACCCGGCUCAUGGAGGUGCAAGAACUCUGCAACAGGUGGUUUCUUUUCCAGCUUUGUUCCUGAAGCUGCAGGAGGCACGGAGGAGAAGAGGAACUCAGGAACAAACAUGGAGUCAGAGACUGGAGGUGCAUGUUCUAAAGUCACUAAAGUGCCAAACACAAGUCCACUUUAAGCUUUAUGGUUAAGUUUGUCUUUUUUUUUUAAGCUGCAGGGAUUUAAAAGGGAAUUAGAGAACCAUAAAGGUCUGAAAAAAAAACCUCCUCAGCUUCUUGGUUCUGGACCCCUUGUUGGACUUCUGUUGGUCCGGCAGACCCGCCAGCUCUCUGUCACCCUAGCCUUUAUCUUUCAGUUACAUUCGUUUUCUCAUGAGUUUUAUGGUCAGGUCUUCUUUACUCUGUCUUAACUCAGACUCUUACCCGGAUCUGCUUUGACCCAGAAACGAUUGCCUUCAAAGACCCAAUAUGUGCUGUUCUGGUCCAGAGUCCAAAUCUUAUACAGGAUCUCGGAGGAAGCAAAGUCAUCUGACAUUUUUCACUUGUGUGCUGCUGAAGUUCAGACAUGAACUCUGCAGCCUCCUCAGAUCAUCAAGCUGGGGGGCCAGGGCAGGGAACGCCUCACAAACACACACACACUUAACACUCUGCUCAGUCAGAUCCCAGCUGAGAAGGUCUCACGGGUCAAGAAAGUGAAAGAGGAGCUCAGAUUGCUCAAACAGAGCGUUCCUGAUAUCAUUUAAAGAUCAUUGCUAUUGUUGGGAUGAUCAGUUUGUCCAGUUAACUCCCAGCAGGGACAGAUUUCUCUGUUCUUCAGACGUCCAGUCGAGGAGUGAGCACCUGAACGGGAUGUUAGUCAGCAUCCAGCCUGCACUGCCAUCUAGUGUUUGAUGUUCAAACCUCUGAAUUAGUAAAACCCGGUUCAUACCUUUGUCAGAUUCGUCUGGAUGUUCGGAGCAGAAAGAGGAAUGGGCUGCAGAACCAACGUGUUCCAUACCUAAAAGGUUGUUUAGCUUUCUCAGCAUUGUUUUCACAGAUACUGUCAUUCUGUGGAGACAGUAAGGGGAGCAGGUUUUAGUCUAAAUAUUCUGACUUUUAAAUCGUUUUGGUGAAGGGCAGAUUGUGAUCAGCAGCUGACACACCUCAGGAUUUUCUUUGUGCCUUUGUUUUUUUAUUCUUCCUCAGUAAAAUCUGAGAUGAUUUUUAAGUCAAAGCUAUAAAAAAAAGGUGCUGUUUAAGUUUUCAAAGCAGAAAUGAUGGAGUUCAGUUUGAUUAUUUUUUGUUUUUCACAUCUAACCUCAAAAAACAGCCAAAGAUUGAUCUGAAAACCUUUUGUUGUAGAGUGUUUUUUUAUUCAAUAGAACUUUCAGAGAGGAAAAUAAUCCGAAUCACCUUUAGAUUCCUCAGGUGAAGUCUGACUCAUCAAAUUCAUACAGAAAAUUGUAGCAAACACUUCACGGUCUAAUCAGACACAUACAUCUAAGUGAAAGAUGUAAAGUAGAAUUAAUUGUUCCAAACAUUCAAAACUGUUGGUAAAUGUGAUGGCUGUGCUGCUCUCAGAGUUGAAUUUAUCACCAUUUUUACCUCUUGGAUUUGAUUGAAACAGCUGCAAAACAACUGGAGGCUCUCCUCCCCCAUGCCGGACAGUUAAAAGCCUUGGUUUUCUCUUUGCUUUUCUUAUUUUGUAAAUCAAGUAAAGGAGCAGGAGCUGGUGAGGAUCGGAUAAUCUUUUCUUUUGGCCUCCAUGCAUAAAAGCUCAAAGCGGACAGAAGCUGUUCUGAGGAUGGCGGUUUGGGCUCAGAACAGGGUCUUCAGACCCCUCCCAAAACCGUUUCCCAAAAGAAGCAGGCUGGGAGAGCUUCAGUUCAUCCUGGCAGAUUGAUUACUUUACUCCAUGUCAGCAUUCCUGCAAAAAUCCCUUCUGACUGAUUCGUUUGAACUUCAGAAAAUAAAUUCAAACGGUUUUAUUUGUUGUCCCAGAUUGUUGUUUUGGAGCGCUUAGAAGUAAUUUUUAAAUGGUUGAAAUUUUUAUGAAACAUUUUAUUCGUCCUGUGUCUUCUGUGAGAAAUGUUUUUAUUUUUGGUACAGUUGAUUUUUUUUUUUAAUGAGUUUUAAAUACUGUGGAUGACGCACUGCAAUGAAAGGGGGAGCCGCGCUGCCAGAAAACGUCAAUAAAGAGAAGUUUUCUGAUUGAAAA